AGCACAUCACAGCAUUCACUACUGCUGCUGCUAAUGUUGCUUUCCUGGGGCUCUAACUCCUAGGUAGGGUCGCACUGGGCUAAUUUUCGCACCAUUGGGGUAUAGGUAUUGUGAUAGGCGCCGCGGAUACCAAGGCGACUUUCGAGAAGAACGCAUCAGGAGAUUUCCCGGGCUCUUUUGACCAGGGGUGCCCACCCUAAUCUGAUUCUUGCACUUCUGCGCGAGCUCUCUUCCAUGAAAGGCCGAGGCUUCUGAUUUGUUCGACGUCCUGAUUGGUGGCAAGCAGGGCGAGGUCGAGACUCCCGAGAUGUUCAAUUUGCUGGUCGGUUGUAUUAUGGAACCCGUGGUAGCCAAAUGGCAGUCGCAAGGCUUCGGGUUCUCUUUUGAUUUCGGUGCAUUCCUGAGGUAUUUGAUUUGGGCGGCCAACAUCUUCCUUUUGGCCAAAAGCGUUGAUGAGUCCAAGGCCAUGGUGCAAUAUUUGACUGCUGCAGUUCACGCUUUUGGUUCCGAAUGGAAGCUUCCUUCAUUACAGUUCAUGUUUUGUAGGACAUUGCGGAAUCAGCAUGCUCAGAGCUUGGAUGUCCAGGCUCCGUCGGACGUCGUGCUUGCGCGCGUGGAGGUCAUGGGCGCACUCUGGACCAAGUUUUCUCACGCCGGGGACGCAGCACGCCUAUGGGGCCCAGGCCGUGUAGAUUACCAGCCUCGCUAUGGUGUUCUUCGCGGCCCAGGCUCAGCCCGAAGCAAACUACAAGCGUGGAGUAGGGGUUAUUCAACGUCGGCUUGCUUCGGGCGUGGGUCUCGGCAUAUUUCCCAGGCGAUCUUGACCAGACUGGUUCGUUGGGAGAGGGGUCGUGUCCGGAAGAUUUUCAGAUGGCGCCGGAAACCGUCGGAUAUAUUGAAGUUGUACAACCAGAAAACAUAUGUGAUGACUGCACAAUAUUUCGAGCAGUUCAACAUGACACCAUUGCACAUCAUAGUUUUACGCGCUGUGUGCACACAUGCGUGACGAGAGAUUACCUAUCCUUUACAGGGUGCUUCCAAUUUCAUGCGUUAUUCACGCCUGUUUCCUAACCGUCUCUUGUGAGAGGCCUUCAAAUACCGCGGCAGUGGACACGAUUACAAACAGCGACAAAGAGCCCACUCAUUGCACGCAUUUCCUGGCAUGUAUACUCAUUGGGAAUAUGUUGUUUUGUGACAUGCGAGGGGAGGACUGGCGGAGUUGGCGGGAUGGGUGUUCAUCGCAAGCUGAGUGGAUGGGAAUGUUUGGCGCGUUCGCGGCCGACGCGUGCGCCAAGUGCGGGUUUCCUCAAGUGGCUCCGUCUGCGGGCGCUGGAUGGCGCGCCCAACGCUGCGAGGAGGGCACGCAUAUAUUGCAGAACAUUCCGGAUAACCGUUCUGUGUUGUUUGUGAUUGCAUGCCGUUGGUGGAUGUUGCUGCGGGCGCGUGUCCGCUCGCAUUCAUUUUCUUGCAACCGUCGCUCAGAAGAUCGACGCGCAGCUUAGCGAAUGUGAUUUUGAAAAGCAUGCAACCCCGUCGUUCCCACGGAGAUCUGGUACUCUGGCAGAAGAGGGACUGUAAACAGAUCGCAGAUCACCUGGUCAAUGUUACCAUGGAUGCGCAGAGCUCGUGGGAAGAAGUAGACCCUCCAAGCGAUUUCACUUUGAACCUGAUCCAGGCCAACUGUGUAAUGUAUUGUGAUGGUGGCACUCGCGCAUCGUAGUGUUUUGCUGGGGCCUGGGUCUUGGAAGCACAUGUGAAUACAGGGCAUGGGGUUGAGGUCAUUCUCUUGGGCCUGAAGGGUAUAUGCAUGGCCAGCCCAAUAUUCUCUUUCACGGCGGAGCUUAUUGCGUUGCAGAGUUGUGCCACGGCAUUCGAACUAUUUUGGACGACGCUCGUCCGGAACAUAGUGCAGUUUUUAUUUGGAAGGCUAUCCUAGAUUGGAUCUGAGUUGCGCCGAAAGAAAGAAAGAA